AUGUACUCCAAAUGUGGGUACUUGAUCGAUGCCCACAAAGCGUUUGAUGAAAUGCCUGUUAAAGAUAUGGUCAACACGACUGCACUUAUAACUGGUUACUCACAGAGUGAUCAUCCUAAAGAGGCAUUGGAGUUGCUUCCUAAAAUGCUCGUACUUGGAUUGAAACCUAACGAGUUUACUUUUGCGAGCCUUUUGAAGGCCACUAGUUCUGCUGCAAGUGUUGGAAUUAGGGAACAAAUUCAUGCUUUAAGUGUUAAAUAUUCUUGCAGCUUGAAUGUGUUUGUUGGGAGUUCAUUGUUGGAUAUGUAUGCACGUUUUGGGAAGAUGGAUGAGCCUUGUUUUGUGUUUGAUCGGUUGGAUUCCAAGAACGAAAUCUCAUGGAAUGCUCUAAUUGCUGGAUAUGCAAGAAAAGAAGAAGGCGAGAAGGUUUAUGUUAACUAUUUUAUGGUGCUUGUUAACUUUAUUCAGGUUCAUGCCAAUGGGAGAGGAGACUUCAAACUGACAUCCAAAUGGCAAAGCAAGCUCUUUGUGAUGCUUUAUCCGUUGAAAGGAAGCCUGAAGCUUUAA